UCUAUCUUAUUUAUAAAACAAUUUACAUAUCUAUAGUUGGUAUACGUUGUACAGCGGGCGUGAAGGCAAUUUCAAAGGGAGCUUCGAUCGUAGUCUGUAGAUUUGCUACAAUGCGCUGUCCAACUACCUGGAUAUUAGUGCCGGUUAUGUGCACUCUACAUGCAGUAACUCUUUGCGAGGCGCAAGGCCCACAGGGAAAUUCGUCAUGGUCUCUGGAUGCAUUCCUUGGACAGUACGAUUUUGUUUUGGAAACUCGGCAUCUUAUUGAGGAACUGAUUUACGGCGUUUUGGACGUCCCGAAAGAUGUGGCCAAUGGACCAACCAGUAUAAUAUUCAGCAAAACCCGAGACGGAAGCCGGUAUCAACAGCAAACCGUACGAAUUGAUCCACGCUAUAAUGUGACGAUUCCCUUUGUCCUGGGUGUGACAUCAGUACAAUCGCGGCCUGGACACUGGCUGACAUCAACGUUUACCAUGGUGGACCAGUUCACGCUGCGCUCUAGAAUCUCUUACCUGGAAGAUAAUACGACAGCAGAAUAUUCAGCAACUUUUUCGUUCAACACCGAUGCCAGUGGAAUCAGUGGUCGAUGUGCUGUAUCCAAAGCAGUUUCAGGCAUCCGUAUUUCUUACGCGCAACCAGACUGGAUCUCGUUAUACAUAGUAAAUAAUUUUAAAAAUUUGUAAUACUAUCAGACUUUAAUAGUAGAAUAUGCGAGUGCUGGGUGUAGAGAGACUUCCUUGCACGAUUUAGUAUUAAUGACAUUUUAUAUUUGUGUUCUGUUGCUUCUUUUAUCAUAUUCUUCAUUUCUUUAUUGUUCUUGUCAGAAUGUGUACAGACA